AUGUUUUUCCCUGAGCAGGAAUAUAAAACCAGUACCAAAGUAGACAUUCUAUGUUUAUCCCUAGAGUGAAGAAGAAUUGAAGAAGUUGACCUUGGAAGAAGACUUAAGUGAAUGUCAAAGAUCCAUUUACAUUUUGACCAAGGGGCAAUAACUGUAAAAGAAAGCCGUACAAUUAUUGUAAAUUAUCUCUAGAUUUAUUCUAAUCUGCAUAAGAUUUUGAAGGAACCUAAUGCCUUUGAAUUCCUAUUCUAAGUCAUAAUGUAAUGACAUUUAUUCUACAAUUACAAGUGAAGAAAUCCAGUAACAAGAAGAAGACAAUUAAAUCAUUGCAGCUAAAUCACUUUAGAAGUUACUCAAAGACAAUUCGCUUUCCAUGCAAGAAUUAUUACAACUCUAUGAUUUGACAACCCAAAUAUUAAAGAUUUGGUCACUCCCCGUACUGAAUGAAUGGGUCCAAACUAUGGACCUCCUCCUUAGAACCAUAGGUCUCAGCAAUAUUCUUCUUCCAAUCCAACAAUUGAUACUACUAUUAACCGAUAGUUCCUAACCAGCAAUAUCGCGAUAGAGUGCUGCCAAACUCAUAGGCACUCUAGCGUAGGUAAGGAUCUCCUCGUAAUUCCUAGCUUCUCGGAAAUGAGAUUAAAGGACCAAUUCUUGAUAGAGCCAGGAGUUUGUGUUCGGAUCAUGACAAAGAGACUCGUUUGAUUAUGGCUGACAAUGUGUUGAUUAAAGUUUGCUAAUCAAUUUCCAGUGACUUAAUCGAGUGUUAUUUAAUGGAGAAGAUAAUGGAACUCUACUACGACACUGAUCCAAUAGUGAGAAGUGCAGGAGUGAAGUUAUUUUUUACAAUUGCAAAUAAUUUGUCCCCUGAUGAAAUUAAAAACAGGUGUACGAAACAAUUUAUAGAUACAAUACAAAGCCAGAAUGAGGAGAGCAAGUUAGUCAUGUCCAAAAUGUGCGGAAGAGUCUUUCACCUUGUACUUAAAUGUCCUUAUUUAUGUUUAGAUAAAAGAUCAUCUCAAUUAAACUCAAGUCACUCUUUUCAUCAACAUAUACAUGUCCUAUGUGAAAAGCAAGAACGUUGACAUUAGAGUCAAUUUUGUCUGCAAUUUCCCCGCUCUCUUAUCCUUGGCCUCAAAGAAAUUUGAAUACUUCCAAGAGUCUUAUUUGCUGUGUUGUAAUGACAGCAAUGAAGUCGUUGUCAGAGCCAUCAUUAAUUGUCUCCAUGAAGUCGUACUACUUUCUGAGAACACUGAGAUUUUGCUUUAGGUUUUCAUGAACUUCAUGAAAUCAAAGAGUUUAACAAUUUUGGAAAUUCUGAUUUUCAGAUUUGCCUCCAUUAUCAACUCUUUUCAAAAACAAGUAUUAUGUUCAUAAUAUGCUUAGUCAGUAACAACCACAAUUUGGUCAACCAGCCAUUGAAUUAUUGAAUAGUCUAAUUGCAAGAAACUUGUGGGACUUAUAAAUUGAAUUACUUGAUCAAUUCAAAAAAUGCCAGUAGAUUUUUAGUGAUGUGAGUAUGUUCAUGAAUGCCAUGAUUGCUACAAUUGGGAAAGGCAUUCCCAACACUAAACAACAGUGUUGCGAUAACAUUGCUUAAUACUUGAGUCAGUAUGGAGACUUGAGAAAGAGAAAGGAUUGGAUAAUACAAUUGUUCGAUCUUUACUUCAAGUCUGACAUCUACCAUAAUCGAAUCACCUUCAUCAAUAUUGUACAGUCAUUUUCUGAAUUCAUUUCUAAGAAACUAUUCAAACAAUAUGAGUUCUUUGAUAUUCUGAUAUUUUCCAAGGAUUCCGUUGUGAAUGUCAGAAUGAGAUUAAUAAAGGUAUCAAUUGACAUCAUUGUAGAUCUUGCCAUUGUUAUAUAAGAAAAUAGACAAUGAUGAUCUACCCAUCUUAAAUAUGUUUAAUGAAUCUGUUUAGGAUUGCAUUCUGAGUGGAUCUCGCUCCUUUCAAUUUAUGAUUCAUUAGACCAAAGAGGAGUUGUUGAAACCAAAUGACGAGAAUUUAUUGAAUAAGAGAGAUCAAGAAAUGAUGGAAAAGGAGGAAAUCAUAUUUAAGAAUGACUAGAAGCAGAGACAAUUCAUAUUGGAUCAAGAGAGAGAUGAUUUGGAAAUUAAUAAAAUAGAUUUGAAUGAUUACUUGAAUAAAUACAAAAAAAAGUAUCCGCUCUGUAAGAUCAAGAGUUCCAAUUAAAGUUAAACUAAUUUGUUCAAAAAACAAUAGAUGUAAAAUGGAGCCUCAACCUUAAUCAUAAAGAAAUCUGUUGAUCUUGAUUCCAGCAAGAGUCCCUUAUUAGAAAGUUCUUCGAUGACAAAAAAGCCAGUCUUGAAAUCUAAAACUCCUACUACAAAGAGUAUUUGUGACAUUAAAAAGUAAUUCAAGCUUCCAAGUAUCAAAAAAUGA